AAGAACGCCCGGUCUCCACGGAGGUUGGAAACAUACACCGGGGGUCAGAGGUGCACCAGAUCUCUUUCCGCUCACAGAAAGAAAUAUGGUGUCGCACUUAUGAAGCCGGAUAAAGUGCACCCGUCGAAGUCUGGUGGUGACGAAGACGGCGGAUCUGAGGGAACGGCGCUGGCCGAAGUCAGCCGCGCGCACCAGAAACCCGCGAAGAGGUCUUGCACCGGCCCGCUGGGCCGGGAUGAGUUCGAUGUGGAAGGCGUGCAGUUUGAUGACCUGCACGACCAUGCCCAGAACAGUGAGGGUGGCUGCGAAACGGCGGAGAUCGGGAUUCCAUAUGCGGUAGACGUGCCGAUGGAAACCCUCGACGAUCAUCUGAUGAUUCUGAAUGAUGUGGUGGACCCAUUUCCAAGCAAAGCCAGGCGCGACCACCAGGUGUCUGCGAACGAGACUGCUCUGAAUGCAAGGGCGUCCAAAGACGAAGGCUCCUUUGUCACGCGGAUGAAGGAGAUAUUCCGGAUGAAGCAGAAAAUCCGGCGGCUGGAAGAAAAGUGCAAGCGUUUGAUGAGCGACCCUUCGGCCAGCGGACCGGACCGUCUGCCUGUGUCCGUCGACGCCGCGGGUUCGGCUGCUGGGGACGUCACUGGAUGUGACUGGGUCAACGGGAGGGGUCACGUGGCUGCUAGCGGCGAGUCCGGGAGUUCACAGGCCGUUACUGAAGUGGGGGACGAGCCUCUGGUGGUGCUGAGGGAUGAGGUGUCGCCUCUCAAUGUCAUUGGCAUGUUGAGGGAGUACGAGCUAUCUGACGAGAUGAUGGCGCACACGCCGUCGGACCUGCAGGAAGCUGUGGAAGUUAACCAGCGCCUGAAGAUUCAGAAUCUGGCCAUGCUGGCCGCUAUUCUUGACUGGAUUGUCAAGAAGCCGAUGGAGUGGGGCCUGAAGGAUAAGUUGACACAUUCUAAGAAGUGUGCUGAGCAAGUGGUGAAAGCGAAUUCGACACAGACAACCCCUAGGCGGUGUUUUGAGCAAGUGGUGAAACGGAAACGGUUGAAAGAGCUUCUGCAUCUUGAGAAAAGCAUUCAGGGGAUAUUCACCGAAGCGCAGAUCAAGGGCAUCACGAGGGACUUCUCGGCCAGAAUUCAAGAAAAACGCAGGAAGGUAGUUCUGUGGAGCGAAGAGGACAUGCGUCGUACGAUGGAGCUGAGGUCCAUCGGCUCAGAAGACGUGCUGAACCACGUCAGGUGGCGGAUGAAGAUACCCUUGCCGAGCAUGGAGACGGUGAAGUGGCGAUGCCGGAAAUCUCCUGAGCUGAACGCAAUGUACAGGUCGAUGUUGACCAAAGGGAACGAGGGGCCUCACUGCGGCCUGUGCCAGCGCGCACUGGGCGCCGUCGAUGACGUGGCAGGGACCAUGUUGGAACGGCCCAGUGACGUGGCCAGGAGCCCGCUGAACUCCGCCGACCUCUCCGGAACAUCUCGACAGUGCAGGCUACCCUUCACGGAGGAAGCGAAGCGGGGCGGUGACGCGUCGGUGUUGAAAAUAAGGUAUCCACCGCGGAAGAGAGCUCGCGAAAGGUCCGAGGACAGCGAGUCGCCGGACAGCGACGAGGAUGGGUACGGGGACCCGGGUGAAGCGGCGUUCGGGCUUAGUGCGCGUCCCAGGGAAUGUGAGCAAAGCAUGCCGACCGUCCUCAGUCACUCAACGGGCGUUCGUAACCAGUCGAGAAAAUGUUAUCUCUGAUGCGGCGCCCAAUGCACGUGCGAUGGUGCGCCCUAGUGGCGCCCACACCGAUAAUAUUCUGCGGAGUGCGUCUAUCGAGGAAAAUAACUUUGUGUCACAAACUGUCGUAAUCGGCCAUAGAUAUCCCCCGAUUACAGCUUUGAACUUGCAUCGUUGAACAAAGAUUGUCGCUCAGGCUUUGCGAACUUUGUGCCAUGUUGGACUUGCUUGAUGACAAAAGGUCUUCUUUUGAGGUCUUGGUUACGUUGGAGGCCAUGUGUAGCUCGGCUGUGAGGAUGGAGCUCGGCUGGAAAUAGACAAUAAUCGUCGAAAAAGGCGACCAGUAUCGUGUAGGCGGAGGAAGUGCAUCAUGUUCGUACAUCCCGCUCCUGAGAAACCAAUGGUAAUACAAAGGCGAAUUUGUCAUCGUAUUUCAGGUGGCUCGACUGGUACGGGCCCUACAAGGCACUUUGAUUUUCAGCAACUUG